AUGAGCUUAUUCCCAACUUCGCAACAACCAAAGCACCUUGUUGAGUUCAAUGCCGGCAAAUGCAUCCGAGAAGGCAACACCAUAAAGCCUGACUUGCGUAAAGGCGUGGUGUACAUGGAUCAAAGCGAUGAUCAGCUUAUGCACUUUUAUUGGAAAGAACGGAAGGCAACGGAACCUGAAGAGGAUUUGAUCAUUUUCCCUGAUGAAGCCGAGAUGAUUCGUGUGGAGCAAUGUACUACCGGCCGUGUGUAUCUUCUCAAGUUCAAGUCGUCGAAUCAAAAGCUCUUUUUCUGGAUGCAAAACAAGAGCGAUGAGAAGGAUGAAGAAGUCAUUAGCCGUGUCAACCACUUGAUCAAUGAUCCUGAAGCAGCUACAGCCACGGAUGAUAUGUCUGGCAUGGAUAUGGGUGACGCAUCGGCUGACAUGAUGCAAUUGCUCGGUGGCUCAGAUCGUAUCUCACGCGAGAACAUUCUUCAGUUCUUACAAAAUGCAGGAGGCCUUGGAGGCGCCACAGAUUCAUCUGCACCCAAUGAUGAGGAUACACAUGAGGAACAUCAAGAAGAUACACCUAUGGCAAAUGCACAAGAGACGGAGCAAUCGACUACCGAAGAACGGCAACAACAACAACAGCAGACUCAAGAAGGCGUGAAUCCACAAGCAAUGAAUCAAUUAAGAGACUUGUUGAGAAAUGCACAAGGAUCACAGAGUCGAAGUCCACCAUUGUCUCUGAACGACGUCUUAACACCAGAAGCACUCAAUCGAUUACUCGACGACCCCGAAGUUUGCGUUCAGCUUUAUUCUCAUUUACCUGAAAACUGUGAAAAAUCACCUGAAGAAGUGCGACAAGUCGUGAGAAGUCCUCAAUUCCAGCAAGCUGCUGCAACCUUAAGCCAUGCUUUUGAAUCGGGUGAUCUUGGUCCUUUGUUGCAACAAUUGGGUUUACCAGCAAUGUCUGGUGGCAAUGUGGAAUCUUUCCUUCGGGCUAUUGAUCAAAGCACUGGACGCAAGGACCAAGACCGAAACAAUGAUGAUGCCAUGGAACAAGAUUAG